AUGGAGGAAUUAUAUUCAAUCGACAAUAAGACCGAAAGCCAGAUUUGUAGCAUCAUCCCUGUAAUUUUACAUGAUGAUAACGAUUUCACAUGUGCUAGGCUUUUAGAGAAUUUGGAAAAAAACCUUGCAGUUGCUCGUUUCGAAGCGAGUCACGUUGUCAGAAUUAAUUCUGAUUUGGAUAAUAAAUUAACAGAGUUUCAUGAAACUUCAAGUAAAUUGGCAAGUAAAGUAGAAGCUCUUGAAACUUUAUCAGAAACACAUUUCUGUAAAAACUGCGAUUUCAAAGAUUUCAUAGCGCAGAUUUCUUCCUCAUGGGUUCAAGUUAAUAAAGAGGGAUAUUUAAAAUAUCAUAAAAUUCGAGUAGCAAGUCGAAUGACAAAGGGUUUACCUUUAGUUCAGCUUUUGAAUAAAAUUAAAAAAGAAGCUGAUGAAAUUAAAUCGAUGUUACAAGACUGCGAAUGUAACUGUGAUCGACAAUGUGUUCCAAUGGGAUUUUUUAUCCACGAAGAAAUUUCGAGAUUAAUCGAGUGUUUGGAAAACUGUGAUGACAAGGUACAGCUACUAUUGGCAAUUAGUGAAAUAACCCCGAAACUAAUCGACUUGAUUUCACCGAUUGACGAUUUCAUUUUUCACAACGAAAUAAUUCCACUGAAUCGACCGAUUAGUGAAGAUCUAUCAGCUUUACCUAUCUUAUCAAAAUUACUAACUGGGGAACUUUUGGGUCACGAGCCAAUGAAUUCGGAACACAUUUUAAUAACAAAUGCACGAAAAAAACCAGUAUUCAUCACGAAAAAAAAUAAACGAAAAGUGGUUGCCCCUCGGAUCAAAAUCACAAAAAUGCGAAAAUCGUAAUUGCAUAAAUUCACUAUUUUAGAUCUCCUCCUUUAUCAUCUGUGAUGAAGAAAUAAUAGAAUUAAUCUAUUUUCUGACAAUAUAUAAUACAUAUUUAUGCAGUGUAAUAAUUUACAAUGUAUACAAAUACAUGAUAUAAGAGUAUUGAGAAGCAAACGAGAAAAUUGAUACACUUGGAUGAAUCGGAGAAAGAUUUUCCAAUAUACAAAAAUCUCUAUAAAUGUAAAUUUAGAGGAAAAAAGAACUCUAAAGAAUGGAUAAUUAAUUAUAUGUCUCCAUCGACAAGUUUAAUAUCUAGUGUCUCUGAAAUAUUGAAGAAAAUGUUUUAAUAAUUUUGCAUCCUUCCUGCAUAUCAAGUAUUAUCAUUUUUUAAAAGCUUCCAAAUUUAAUGAGUCCAAUCAAAGAUCGGAGAAUUUUUUUGAUAAGAAGAUGAAAGUUCUCU